AUGAGCACAGUUGAAGAGGAUUCUGACACAGUAACAGUAGAAACUGUGAACUCUGUAACUUUGACUCGGGACACAGACGGGACCCUCAUUCUUCAUUGCCCUCAGAAUGAAGCUGAUGAAAUAGACUCAGAAGAUAGUACUGAACCUCUGCAUAAAAGGCUUUGUUUGUCUUCUGAGGAUGAUCAAAGUAUUGACGAUUCUGCUCCUUGCAUAUCAGUUGUUGCACUUCCACUUUCAGAAAAUGAUCAGAGCUUUGAGGUGACCAUGACUGCAACCACAGAGGUGGCGGAUGAUGAGAUUACUGAGGGAACUGUGACACAGAUUCAGAUUCUACAGAAAGAGCAACUAGAUGAAAUAUCUCCCUUGGGUAACGAGGAAGUUUCAGCAGUUAGCCAAGCAUGGUUUACAACUAAAGAAGAUAAGGAUUCUCUGACUAACAAAGGACAUAAAUGGAAGCAGGGGAUGUGGUCCAAGGAAGAAAUUGAUAUUUUGAUGAACAAUAUUGAACGCUACCUGAAGGCACGCGGAAUAAAAGAUGCUACAGAAAUCAUCUUUGAGAUGUCAAAAGAUGAAAGAAAAGAUUUCUACAGGACGAUAGCAUGGGGUCUGAAUCGGCCUUUGUUUGCAGUUUAUAGAAGAGUGCUUCGCAUGUAUGAUGACAGAAACCAUGUGGGAAAAUAUACACCUGAAGAAAUUGAAAAGCUCAAGGAGCUCCGGAUAAAGCAUGGCAAUGACUGGGCAACAAUAGGGGCGGCGCUAGGAAGAAGUGCAUCUUCCGUCAAAGAUCGGUGCCGACUGAUGAAGGAUACUUGCAACACAGGGAAGUGGACCGAAGAAGAAGAAAAGAGACUUGCAGAGGUGGUUCAUGAAUUGACCAGCACUGAGCCAGGUGACAUUGUCACACAGGGUGUGUCUUGGGCAGCUGUGGCAGAACGAGUAGGUACCCGCUCAGAAAAGCAGUGUCGUUCUAAAUGGCUCAACUACCUGAACUGGAAGCAGAGUGGAGGGACUGAGUGGACCAAGGAAGAUGAAAUCAAUCUCAUCCUCAGGAUAGCAGAACUUGAUGUAGCUGAUGAAAAUGACAUAAACUGGGAUCUGUUGGCAGAGGGAUGGAGCAGUGUCCGUUCACCACAGUGGCUUCGAAGUAAAUGGUGGACCAUCAAAAGGCAAAUUGCAAACCAUAAAGAUGUUUCAUUCCCUGUCUUAAUAAAAGGUCUUAAACAGUUACAUGAGAAUCAAAAAAACAACCCAACGCUUUUGGAGAACAAAUCGGGAUCUGGAGUUCCAAACAGUAAUUCCAGUUCUAGUGUACAGCACGUUCAGAUCAGAGUGGCCCGCUUGGAAGACAAUACAGCUCUCUCUCCAAGCCCCAUGGCAGCCUUGCAGAUUCCUGUCCAGAUCACCCAUGUCUCUUCAACAGACUCCCCUGCUGCUCCAGUUGACUCGGAAACAAUAACACUAAACAGUGGGACACUACAAACGUUUGAGAUCCUUCCAUCUUUCCAUUUACAGCCCACUGGGACUCCAGGUACCUACUUGCUUCAGACAAGCUCAAGCCAAGGCCUUCCCCUCACUCUGACUGCUAGUCCCACAGUAACCCUGACGGCUGCUGCGCCUGCUUCUCCUGAACAGAUCAUUGUCCAUGCUUUAUCUCCAGAGCAUUUGUUGAACACAAGUGACAAUGUCACAGUGCAGUGUCACACACCGAGAGUCAUCAUUCAGACAGUUGCUUCAGAGGACAUCACUUCUUCCAUAUCCCAUGCAGAACUGACAGUAGAUAAUGAUAUGCACUCGUCCGAUUUUCCUGAGCCUCCAGAUGCCCUGGAAGCAGAUACUUUCCCAGAUGAAAUUCAUCAGCCUAAGGUGACUGUAGAGCCAUCAUUUAAUGAUGCUCGUGUAUCCAAAUUCAGUGACCAAAAUGGCACAGAACUGAUGAAUAGUGUUAUGGUCAGAACAGAAGACCUUAAACAAGAGGAAGAAUCACACUCUCAUUUGGCCUGUACUUACGUUACUGAGGAUUUAGAGUCUCCUACUAUAGAAGAACAAGUUGAUCAAACAACAAUUGAUGAUGAAACAAUACUUAUUGUUCCUUCACCAAAUGGCUUUAUCCAGGCAUCUGAUGUUAUAGAUACAGAAUCUGUCUUGCCGUUGACAACACUAACAGAUCCCAUAUUCCAACAUCAUCAAGAAGAAUCAAAUAUCAUUGGGUCAUCUUUGGGCAGUCCUAUUUCAGAAGACUCAAAGGAUGUUGAAGAUUUGGUAAACUGUCAUUAG